GCGUGCGCAGACGGCCGCCGAGUCCCCCUUCGCACAUGUCCGGAGAGAGGGCGCAGACCAGAACCAGGACCGGCUGUGGGAUUUAUCAUCCGGCGUGAGCGAACACCUGGAUUAGCAAACACCGCAUUUUUUUCUCGCUGGUAUUAUUAUUUUUUAUUUUGUUUUUUCGAUUUCGUUGUUGUUUUUUUUGCUUGUUUGCAUUUUUCUGACUUCUGGGCUUGAGGAACAAGCUGCCGUCAUGUCUCGGGCUCCAGAGGAUGUGAGCAAGCUCACUGAAAGCACGUACAAGAUCGUGAUGGAUCAGUUCAACCCAGGCCUGAGGAACCUGGUCAAUCUGGGGAAGAGCUAUGAGAAAUCAGUCACAGCGAUGACUCUUGCAGGAAAGGCCUAUUUUGAUGCAGUCUCAAAGAUUGGAGAGAAUGCGGCUGUGUCUCCGGUCUCCAGAGAGCUUGGUGUGGUUCUGAUGGAGAUUGCAGAGGCCCACAGGAAAGUCCAAAAUGAACUGGAAGAGAAUUUUAAGAGGUUCCACAGAGACGUUAUCAUUGAGCUGGAGAAGAAGACAGAGAUGGAUGUUAAGUACAUGAAUGCCACCUUCAAGCGUUACCAGUCGGAGCACAAGCUGAAGCAGGACUCCCUGGAGCGCACGCAGACGGACCUGAAGAAGCUCAGGAGGAAAAGCCAGGGAAAGCACUCAUCCAAGUACGAGAUCAAAGAGAACGAGUAUUUGGAGACCAUCUCGUUGCGCCAGAUGGACAUGCAGAAGUUCAUCGCUGACGGCUGCAGAGAGGCCUUACUGGAAGAAAAGAGGCGCUUCUGUUUCCUGGCGGACAAACACUGCAUGUUCUCCUACCAAAUUAGCAACUUCCAUGAGAAAGCCAAGGAGAUGCUGGCCGUGAAGCUCCCCAGCUGGCAGGAAAAGUGCAGCGACAUCACCAAUGUGCCGGACACGGUGAUGACCAUGAUAGAGGGGCUGUCCACCACUCCGGAACAAUCACCGCUGGUCGAGCGAUACAACAGGAACAACGUGGCGCCUCCUCCUGCACCGCCACUGAAGGCACAGAUCAGUCCGCUAGCCAACAUGUUCAACCCGGAGCUCAGAUCUCCGCUCUCCUCCUCCUCAGACCACAACUCAGAUCAGGGCAGUCUUGGAGAGUUCAGUCUGUCCCGGUCGACAUCCCAGUCAUCUGGUCUCAACAUGGGCAAGAAGCCCCGGGUCAGGACCAUCUUUCCCCACACGGCGGGCAACAACCACACACUCCUCAGCUUCGACGAAGGCGACAUCAUCACCCUGCUCAUCCAGGAGGAGAAGGACGGCUGGCUGUACGGAGAGCUGGAGAAGACACAGCAGCGAGGCUGGUUUCCGUCAUCUUACUGCAGACCUUAUACUGAGCCACUGUUAUCAAAUAGCAGCAAUCUGAGCACUCCAGUGCGUAGGCUGAGUGUCGCCAGUCUGCCGGAGCAGGAGGAGGACGAGCUGGUGUUGCUGCCACCACCGGACUACAGCGACGAUGCCCCCCCUAACCCCGUGGUCCCCUCAACACCCUCGCCACAGAACACGGUUUCUUUAGUCAAUGGGACUGCAAAGGCUCCCUUUCUAGGAGGAGGGAAUCCGUUUGCCACAGUCAAGCUGAGACCGACUGUCACGAAUGACAGAUCGGCGCCAGUCAUCUAACACAGAGGAGGAAGGUUUUCACCGCUGUCAUGCCUUCAGGGGACUCGCGCAACAUGUGACCCCUGCGACCCACUGAAUAUCACCCCAACCUGACAUCUCACCAGCCUGCAUGCUAGUCUCUCUCAGUACCAGUCAGCUCUAUUUAAGGGAUCCAUUGUUUCUUGGCACAAGUGUGUUUUAGUGUGCCAGUGUGUGUUUUUCAUCAGCCACGACAGGGAACCAUUGCAUAAUCAACACAUGGAGAAGCAGCGAUUCUGCAAAGUGUUGCUGUACAAAGAAAAUAUUUUGUGUAGUGUGUUAAAGGGAUACGUCACCCCAAAAUGAAAAAUCAGGCUUUGUCUAAUCACUGAAAGUUGUAAUUAAAUUGACAAAUACAUUGCGUUUCCUGUGGCUGCUUCACAAUAAAAGCCACCAAGUGUUUCAGCAGUUGAACACUUUUACUGUGAAGCAGUGGCUUCGUAUGGCUGACACAUAACACAGACAAUACAGCUCUGUGUAAAGGCAGUGAACAGCAAACAGCGGGGCUGAUAUCAGUGAGAUAAAAUUGCGCUGGAUCACAUGCAUCAUUUCCCGUUAAUCCCUCAUGUAGAGGUAGACAAUCGGAAUCCAGUGUGGGAGUGGCGGACUCGGCCACUCCUGAUAAAAACUACUACAGUUAGUAGAUACUGAAUGUAAAUACACGAAUGGUUAUUGACUGUGAUGCGGACCAUAAAUAGUGUGUAGCAAAAAUAGGCUUUGAUUUCAUGAAAAUCAUGAGAAAAAAAUAUAUUGUAUUUAUUAUAUUAAAUAAGUUUUUAAUUAAAACUAGCCAAGACGUCUAAGCCCUCUUCCAAAAUACUGAAAGGAAGCAUAAAAACCAAAAACAGUUUCUUUAACUUUUUUAACUUAUCAGUUUCACCAUUUCCUCACAACACUUUUCCACAACAUCCCAAGUGUACUUUUCUGCAAAAUAUGACCCACCUGUUCAGUCAUUGGUUACUAAACACAUAUAUUACAGUGUACAAGGAUUCUGGAUAAAUUUAAGGGACAUCUUAUGCUUGUGUGUACUGUAUGUGAAGAUGAGGCUGGGAUAAAGCUACCGGGGCUUAUUGUGUGUCUGAUGGUCCCACAAAUGGAGUUUGUACUGACAUGACAAGAUAAAACCUGAAUGUUCGUUUUGGGGUGAGCUGUCCCUUUAAGAAAAGAGCUCAGAGCUCUGACAGUGUAAUAAGGUCUUUUCAGGCUUGUUUGUGCUGCAGUCAGUGCAGUGUAUGAAUACAGAAUGAAGAGAUCCACAUGUAAUCAAUAGUGGCCUGAUGCUGAUGGAAAAAAGACCAGCACCCAGGCUGUCUUCCUGACUUGCUAAAAAAAAAACAUAUUGUUAUUUCUAUUUUUAUGAUUAAAUAUUUUUGUCUUUCUUUUUUUUUUACGAGGCAUUGUGAUGUACAGAGGUUGUGAGAAUGAAGGGAGAGUGAUGAGUUGGGAAAAAGGGUUUUGUCAUUUGAGUGAAGGCAAAAAAAAAACAGUCUGCUGUUUAAAAUGAGAAGGCUAUUUAUAUACAGUGAGUUUAUAUGAGAUAUUUAACUAAAAUGUGUUUACAGAGUUCCUCUCUGUGAAGGUGCACCUUUGAAUAUGAUAGCUACUGUGCUCAUGAUCCCACAGAGAAUUUGAUUUGACUGCUAUUAUGUAUUUUAGAUGGGCAAAAUAACUUUUUGAUGAAAGGAUUAUGUUUCACUCCUCACGGUCUCGCUGUCGUUUAAUGUAGAUUCUGUGCACAGUGCGCAGUUUAUGCAAAAUAAAAACAUACCUUUACUGGUAGACAUGGGUCGCUGUUUUGAAAUCUACAAAGUGUUAACUGUUCUGUUAGGAAGUGACUUUUUCUGCCAUGUACUUGCUUUACAGAACGUAAAUGUAUGAACUGAUUGAUGAUACAGGUUAUUGAUCCUCACAGACCCACUGAUGCUAAGUGUGUAAGCAAACCCAUCAUACUGACAUAGUUAUUGCCUCAUGCUUUCUUCAGAGUACCUUGCCACUGUGUUGACACAUGUAGUCUUUUUUUUCUCAAUAAAACAAGGUAAA